GCUUCCGCGGAGCUAUGUGGGGUGGGGUCGCAGACAGUCCCUGCGCUGAGAAGGUGUGGUCACAGGAACGCCGGGAGGUCAGCGACCAAUGAAAGCCUCGCUUCCAUAGCGAAGGGGCUAGCUGAACGCGAGAACCAAUCGGAAAGGGCAAAGAAGAGGCGCUCACCAAUCUGAGGGCGCGUUCCAUCAGCGCUGGCAGUGGUUGGACUACUCUCUAGUGCCGGGAGUGGGGGGCUCUUGACUUGUCCGCGCGCGACAGCGGGACGUGGCCGAGGGUGCGUGGGGCGGCAGGGUGCCGUGCAGCGCGAGAACACCCAGGGCCUUGCCCUACCUGCGCGCGGACCAUGACCCGCAGCUGCUCCGCUCUGGGCUGCACCACGCGCGACACCGGGCUGAGCCGGAAGCGGGGCAUCUCCUUCCACCAGUUUCCCAUUGAUGACAUACAGCGUACAAAAUGGAUCCAUGCUGUUAAUCGAGCAGACCCCAAAAGCAAAAAGGUUUGGAUUCCAGGACCUGGUGCCAUAUUGUGUUCCAGACAUUUUGCAGAAGCAGACUUUGAAUCAUAUGGCAUGAGAAGAAAACUAAGGAAAGGAGCUGUACCUUCUGUUUUUCUAUACAAGGAUCCUCUGAGUACAUAUCUUAAAAAUAGAAGAUCCCAGAAAGCAUUAAAGCAGCCACUCUUACAUAAUUCUCCUGAUGAGGAGGUCAUUACUGCAGAUCACAACUAUAGCUUAAAGAAUCCUGCAACGGCUGCUGAGCAACAGACAGAAAUGAAAGAAAUAAUACAGUUGCCUAAAAAGAAACUUGUUGCAGCAGGAAGGUGUCUCUCAUACCGAGAACGAAAUGUAUUUAGUUUAAUCAAUGAGCUUGCAAAGAAGAACCUGCUCUCUGAAGAAGCUGUAAACCUGCUGCAGGCCCAGUUUUCAGAUUUGCAGUGGGAGCCAUACAGCUGGAGACAGAUGACUGAAUACUCCACCGAAAUGAGGCAGUUUGCCUGUACUCUUCACCUCUAUAGUAGUAAAGCCUAUGAUUAUGUAAGAAAGAAUUGUCCCCUGCCUCAUCCUUCCAGCCUGACAAACUGGUUGUCUAAUGAUGAAGGUAGUCCAGGCUUCAGCAACAGUAUUUUCUUUCACCUUCAGCAGAGAGUCGAGCAAGGAGAACAGGCAUACCAGUACUGCUCACUGAUGAUCGAGGGUAUGGCUCUCAAGAAACAGCUGGAGUGGGACCCUGUGACUCAACGUCUGGUUGGGUUUGUAGACCUAGGUGCAGGAGCACUUGAUGCUGAUGAAGCACCUCUGGCCUCAGAAGCUAUAGUCCUAAUGGCAGUAGGUGUUCUUGGUCACUGGAGUGCUCCCCUGGGUUAUUUCUUUGUAAAUGGAACCACUGGCCAUUUACUAGCUCAACUGCUUUAUCAGACCAUCAGUAAGCUGACUAACGUAGGUAUCAGAGUUCUCUCCGUGACGUCUGCGGCCACUGCUCGUGGUGUUGAGUUGGCAAAGGCGUUGGGCAUACGUAUUGAUGCCAACAACAUGCAGUGCACUUUUCAGCAUCCUCACAGUGCCACUCAUUGGAUCACAUACUUCUUUGAUGCUUGCCAUAUGCUCCAGUUAAUAAGGAACGUGUUUCAGUGCUUUCAUAGGAUACAGUCCAUUUAUGAAACAGCACACUGGCAGCACAUAGUGGACCUAGUGACUCUGCAGGAGACGGAAUUACUGCAUAUUAGUGACAGAUUGUCAGGAAGACCCAGAAAUAGUGAAAGCUGUCACUUGAGGGUGAACUAUGCAGCACAGCUGUUCAGUGAGAGUGUCGCUGGCACGCUGGAAUGUCUCCAAUUGUUGGGCCUGCCUUCUUUUCAGAACUGCAGUGGGACCAUCAAAUUUGUGCGCUUGGUGAGCUAUCUGUUUGACAUUUUUCACGGAAGAAGCUGUUACGGAACGGGAUUGAAAGGGCCUGUGUGCUCUGAAAAUUAUGCCAGGAUACAUCGCCUUUUAACUGAAGCUAAAAGUGUCUUUGUUGCAUUAACUGACACUUUGGGGAGACACUUCCUGAAAGGUAAACAUAAAUUAGGAUUUCUAGGUUUUUUGCUUAAUGCUGAGAGCUUAAAAUGGCUUUACACAAACUAUGUAUUUCCAAAGAGCAUGCCCUUCCGCUACCUCCUGACUUACACAUUCAGCCUAGAUCAUCUGGAAUUAUUUCUCAGCACCCUCAGACAAGCAUGUGCUAGCUGUGAUAACCCUACAUGCAUAAUGUUCUGGACUGCUUAUUCUAAACUGCUGACCAAGUAUAAUUUGACACCAGGAUUACAUCAGAAUCUUAUUUUCCGUGACAUGAACACCUUAGAUAUAUCUAUUCUUCGUAGGACAGAUUUGGCCCUGGAUACCAUUCAUUCUCAGUACAAUCAGGGUUGUGUGGCAAUUCCAUCAACAGACUACAUUUACCGUACAGGCCAUAUUUCAUUUAACUCUACACUGAGUUAUGCACUGACAGAUCUGUCACUAUAUGCAGAAAGUGUCACAUAUACCGCUGGCUGUGUUGCUGAGAAAUUAGCAGCUGCCAUAAGAUGUGAAGCCUGUGUCACUUCUCUCUUUCUGUCAGAAGACAAAAUCCUAAAAUGUGGUUCACUGUUGUGCAUUAAAAAGAUUGGGAGCUGGAGUUUGCCAUCAGAGAGCGUGCGCCAGGUUGUGAGUAUUUCUGAGCAAGUCCUAAAAAUGCAUGCAAGAGUGAAAGACUAUAACCUAAACCUCAAGCAACAGGAUAUGUAUUUAGAACAGAAAAUUUUAUAUGAGUUAUCUGAACAGAGUCAUCUUUUCUCUGAGUUAAAUAAUCACCUAUUUGAUGGGGAGUUGUGUGUCACCAAUCACUACACAAUGCUGUUAAGGAACAUAGUGCAAUGUUACUUAAACGUCAGAGCUGAACAUGCAAAAAAUGGGGUUUGGAAUACUGUUCUGGAAGUCAUGGAUCGAAGAAGUUGACUAGGAAACAUCCAUUUUCAUCAUCAUUAAAGACUUAUAAAUCUAUCCAAAUCUUAGCUGUGCCAUAAUUUCUUACUAAUUUGUUAAAUGAUGGAUCUUCCCUUGAGUAGUGUUUAGAUAAGGUCUGAUCUAGGCAACACAGGUGUUGGAGAACUGAGAUGGUGUAUUUCACUUGACCUCUUGGCAAUACUGUGUCCAGCAGUGGCUAAUAAAGGAGAGUCCUAGGAGGAUUAACUGGUCUAGGUUCCAGUCAUGCCUGGGAUUCGAAGUGGAAAAUGAGUUUGAUCUCAUCCUAAAUUCUCAUUUAUGCAGAUUGCACAACCACAACCUAUUUUAGAACAACAAUAUCUAUGGAAGGAGUAGAUUACGGAAGCUACUGGAAAUCCAUAUUGAGGUUCAUUGGCAGUCAUGUGGGGAAGCUUGAUGAAUAUCCAUCUGUGCUAUGCCUAGCUCUGGGUAGGGCAGUUAGCCCCUGACUAUGAUGAAUACCAAGUUUACUCAUACAUGUUUAGAACAGGGGCUGGUGGGAAAGAACUGAUGGAGUACUAUAGCAGCAGAUAACUCCUUAGAGCUGCAGAAAAAAUACUAAGAAGCAAAACAGCUUAGACAAAGCUAUUAAAAAAAUAAAAUAAAGAUUUGUCCUAGAAA